GUCGAAUGUCGCGAAACUUGAAAGAUUAUUUCUACUAACAUAUAAAUCAUUUAAGUAUAGAAAAGUGAUCAAUUGAAUUCAAUUAUGCCUCCGAAACAAACCAAAAAAACUUUGUGGGUUGAUUGCGAGCGUUGCAACUGUACUAUAACCUCCAACGAUAAAAAUAUUCACGUAGAAUUGAAUUGUCGGAAGGAUCAGAUAAAAUGCCCUUACGUUGAAGACAAGAAGUUAUAUGCUUGGCUAGUAAGAGGCGCUGCUUCGCCUGAUGGUGUACCAAAAGAUGCGGUGCUGGUGCAUCCAUCUGCCGGCAUGUUGAUCGGUGCUGUUAUAGGGGGACCUUUGGAGUUGACCAGGGAAGGCGCUCCAAAGCUCGUUAAGCGAAUGUGGCCAUCGAAGAUGUCGGCACCUGCUGCUGUUAUGUUGCCCGCAGCUGAUUUAUCUGGUGCUUGGUGCAGUGACAAUAAGAAAAUAACAGUAUCAGUGUUACAAGGAGAAGUUCAAGAGGCAACAUACUUAUCUGUAAGAAUAAAAAAUCACAAACUGGAAAUAGACAUCAGUGAUAUAUUGAAACAUAAUUUUCGUAAUUACUUUAUAAGCAUAGGUAGUAUUUUGGUCACUUAUUAUUUUGGUAAAAAACUUGAAAUAGAAGUGACAAAUGUAAAAGCAUCUACUAAGAGUAGUAAUAGUUGGUAUGUCACAAGUGAUAGUACAAUAUGGACCAUGGAAAAUGAUACUGUUAAAAAUGUAAAUAAAAGGCUUAUCAAUCUCGGUGGAGUUGAUGAUAUUCUAGAUGAAAUUAGAACUUUGAUAGAUAUCUCCUUUGAUCCAGAGGUAGCAACAAAUUUUCAACCCACUAGAGGAUUGCUUUUGUAUGGCCAUUCUGGUACUGGCAAAACUGCAAUGUGUAAAUAUCUUAUUGAAAACAUUAGUUGUUUUCAUGUUGAGAUAAGUGGUCCAGCAAUAUUUAGUAAAUAUUUCGGGGAAACAGAAGCUACUAUGAGAAUUUUGUUUUCUAGGGCUACACAAAAUGAACCCAGUAUUAUAUUAGUGGAUGAAAUAGAGACCAUUUGUCCGAGACGAUCUGCUGGUAGUACUGAGCAGGAAAGGAGAGUUACAUCUGCAUUUGUUGCUCUCUUAGACAGUCUCCAUGAACAGAAUAGCAGAGUUUUUGUUCUGGCUACGACAAGAAAACCAGAUGCUAUUGAUCCAAUGCUCAGGAGAUUUGGUAGACUGGACAAAGAAAUAGAGGUGCCAGUUCCAGAUAGGAUUAGAAGAAAAGGUAUAUUAUGUAGUCUUCUUUCAAAUUUGUCUCAUAAGGUAUCAUCUCAAGAGAUAAAUUCAAUAUCAGAUUUGGCUCAUGGUUAUGUAGCGGCAGACUUAAUAAAUCUAUGUACACAAGCUUCACUGAAAUGUAUAAAAAGAUCAAGUAAAGUUAUACAACAUGAAGAUUUAAUAGCAGCACUAACCAUAGUAAGACCCAGUGCAAUGAGAGAGUUACUGAUAGAAGUACCUAACGUAAGGUGGUCAGAUAUUGGUGGUCAACAAAAUCUUAAACUAAAGCUCCGUCAAGCUGUGGAGUGGCCUAUUAAACAUUCAAAUAGUUUCAAACGGUUGGGCAUCCGACCUCCGAGUGGUGUACUACUGUAUGGCCCUCCUGGCUGUUCUAAAACUAUGAUUGCAAAAGCCUUGGCAACUGAGAGUGGUCUGAAUUUCUUGUCAAUAAAGGGGCCAGAGUUGUUUUCAAAAUGGGUUGGAGAAUCGGAGCGCGCCGUCAGAGAUUUGUUUACCAAAGCGCGUCAAGUUGCUCCAUCAAUAAUAUUUUUUGAUGAAAUGGAUGCCAUCGGCGGUGAGAGGAGUACAGGAGAAGCCGGUGUCCAUGAAAGAGUUUUAGCACAGCUUUUGACUGAAUUGGAUGGUGUUGUUCCUCUCAAUUCAGUAACAAUAUUAGCAGCCACAAACCGUCCCGAUAAGAUAGAUAGAGCAUUGCUACGACCUGGAAGGCUCGACAGAUUGAUCUAUGUUCCGCUGCCAGAUUUUGAAACAAGACUACAAAUUCUGGAAUUGAAAUUAGAUAAAAUGAGUGUAAGCGAUGACAUUAAUCCUCAUAGUCUAUCUUGUAAAACAGAAGGCUUCUCUGGUGCAGAGCUACAUGCUCUCUGCCAUGAAGCUGCAUUGCAAGCAUUGGAGAAGGACUUGGACUGUCCCGCAGUAACUAUGGAACAUUUUGAACAAGUACUGACAGAAUUCAAACCAAGAACCCCAGACUCUUUAUUGAAAGUUUAUGAAAUCUUUGCUUUGGGGCAAAAAUCUGGAUGACCUAUUUAUACAACAUGUUAUGUUUUUAUAAUUUUAUUUAUUUUGGAGAAGUGUAUAAA